AGCUGUCUUCCACAAUUCUUUCGACUACCGAGGGUUUGAAGGCGACUGAAGGAGACGAUGAUGUAUCUACGAGUGACAAAGACACUGCUUGCGGGGCUGCUAUUGGCGGCGCUAGAGCCUGCCUCCUGCAGGUACACCAGCAGGGUAAGAGUUCCCGACCCAGACAAGCCCAUGACGCGGGACUGGCCGUGUCCUUCUGCCGUCGACAUCGACCCUUGCGUCUGUGAAUCCGACGAGUACUACAACCUGGCUAUUGAUUGCUCAAAUGCGAUCGAUGAGAUGGAACUUUUCAGAGUCUUUGAGGCUGCUUUCCCUUUCGAAGACAUUCUGGAGUUGACUAUCAUCCAGGACCCGCUGGAUCCUAACCGCAACAUCAGGAUGCUCCAGGAGAAGGUCUUUGGCCCCAUCACCUUCGAGCGGAUCCGCAUAACGGGCACCAAGAUGGCCGAGGUGCACGAGGAGGCCUUCGUGAAGUCCCAUGACUUUUUGACUUACCUCAACCUCGCCGACAACCAACUACGUUCCUUCCCCUUCGAAACACUGGUGUCCUACUCAAAGUUAGACACUCUUCUCUUCGAUAAUAAUAACUUCACAAACCUCUACAGUAUCGAAAGUACAUCCUUGCACACUCUUAGUGUCAGUGGCAACCACCGCCUAUUAUUCGAUUUAGACGUCUUCACCAAAGCUCCCGCUCUGACGGCGAUUUACAUGGCCAAUAUCGACCUUGAUGAGCUUCCUCCUAAUCUCUUCUCGACUCUGGAGAACAUAAAAACCAUCAGCCUUGAGGAUAACUACUUAAAGGCCCUUCCGGAAUUUGCCUUUAAUCCUGUUAAGAACACAAUGACGCAACUUAUUCUCAACGGAAACCUUCUGAACAAUAUUUAUCACGAUUCAAUCCACGGAAUGGCCGGGCACGGUUUCCUCAGCAUGGUCAGAAACAAAAUGGAAUACCUGGAGUCCACAAUAUGGCAGCCCAUCUUCGAACAAGCGAUCAACGGUUCAGUCAACUUGGCCGGUAAUCCCCUCGUGUGCGGCUGCGACAUCGCCUGGCUGAUGCUGGCCAAUGAGGACCGCUACCUGCGUGUGCUCACGGAGACCACCACCUGCAACGAAGGCACGGUGGUUCACUCGCUCGAUAAGCAGUACUUCGUUGAGCAUUGCCCCACGGUCCUCCACUAGGGGAUCAAGCUCAGAAAGACAUAGGAGGGUGUAUGCAUUUGCAUUAUACGUAAACACACACAGAAAGACACACACAGACAAACACACAUACACAUAUAUACAAAUACAUACAUAAAUAUACUAACACAUACAGCCAUACAUACGCGCACACACACACACACACACACACA